AUGGGAAAGAAGAAAUGGCUUGAGAAUAGAGAGUUGAAAUAUACAGAUUUCUUCCCAGUGGAGUUUAUGAAUGAUAAAGAAUUUGUGUUUAAUCACAUUAAAAAGUACGGAAAGGGACUGAAAUACGCAUCAUCAAAUUUACGGUCAGACGUGUUGCGAGUGGUCUUACAAAGAAAACAUGAAUUAGUGUUUGCUAGUCAUAGUAUUCGAAGUGAUAAAGAAGUGAUAUUGAAAGCCGUAAAAGAAAAUGAAAUGGCAUGGGCAUGCGCAUCAAUAAUUCUUCGAAAUGAUAAGGAGUUUAUAUUGGAAGCAAUUCGACUGAAUGAAAAUGUACUAAACUUUAUUUCAUAUGAGUUGAAAAACGACAAAGAAGUUCUAUUAGAAGCAAUCAAACAAACCAAAAACGCGUUGAAAAUUGUACCAAAACAUUUACUCAAAGAUCACAAUUUCAUGUUAACCGUUUUCAAAAUAAUAUAUCCAGAAUUAGAAUCCUUUGAUUAUUCAAACAAAGAAACCAUGCUCAAGGCUGUUCAAGAGUUUGGAUUUUUGCUUGAAUUUGCAUCUACUGAUCUCAAGCGUGAUCGAAAUAUUGUUUUAAACGCAGUCAGAAACUAUGGAUAUUCACUUUGUUUUGCAUCUGAUGAUUUGAAGAAUGACAGAGAAAUUGUGUUGGUAGCCCUUAAAAAUUGUGGCACCGCAUUGCAAUUUGUUUCUGAUGAAUUGAGGAAGGAUAGAGAGGUAGUAUUAGAAGCAACAACCAAAUUUGGAUUUGCUCUUGAACAUGCACCAGAUGAUAUGAAAAAUGACAAAGACAUUGUACUAGUAGCUGUAAGACAACAAGGACUUGCCCUCAAACAUGCAUCUGCUGAUUUGAAACGCGACAGAGAAGUUGUAUUGACAUCGGUAAGACAAAAUGGCAGCGCUCUUGCAUAUGUGGAUGACAUUUUGAAACUUGAUAAAGAAAUUGUAAUAGAAGCCCUCAAACAAGAUGUAAAUGCCGUACGAUAUGCUUCCCAGCAACUUUGGAACGACAAACAUUUCUUGUUAGAAGUUAUCAAGCUUGGAUGUCAAAAUUGUUUUAGAUAUGCACCCAAAGAAUAUACUCAUGACAAGGAAUUCGUGUUACAAGCAAUCAAACACAAUAGUCUUGGAGUAAUAGGAGACAAUUUUAGUUGUUCUGACAAGGAAAUCAUGUUGGAGGCAGUGAAGAAUAAUGGCUAUGCAUUAUGUUAUGCCAGUGAAGAGUUGCGACAAGAUCCAGAACUUGUUUCAGCAGCUGUUAAAUUUAAUGGUUACGCUAAGAAGUAUAGUGACGAAUUAUAUCGAGAAAGAAUGAAACAUUGCUAUUACGAUGCUUAUUUAGGGACAAACAUGAAAUGA